ACCCCUGCCCGCACCCUGCCCGGCGCCAUGGGGAAGGGGCAGCUGUCGGGGGGCGCCUGGGGGGCUCUGGUGCUGCUGGGGCUGAUGCUUCCCGCGGCCCCGGUGGGUGCCUGGUACAAACACGUCGCCAGCCCCCGGUACCACACUGUGGGCCGAGCCUCGGGGCUGCUGAUGGGGGUCCGCCGCUCCCCUUACCUUUGGCGCCGGGAGCUGCCGGCAGAGCCCUCUCCCCGCCCCAGGGCUGCCCCGCCACCGCCCCCGGGACACCCCCGGACUGCGGACACCCUCCCGCCAGCCCCGGGACCCCCCCGGACCGGGGAGACCCCUCCGGUGCCGCCCGAUCCCGGCCGCAUCCUGCAGCGUCUGCUCCGGAGGGGUUGGGGCUGGGGCGGCCCCCGCCCGGCUCCCCCCGGGCCCCGCGGAGCUCAGCUCCUCCUGCCUGAGGACGUGGUUCCGACCCGCUGAGCCUGCCGGGGAUGCUUCCAGCACCGCAGGAGCUGGGACUGCCCCAGGUGGAGCCCACGCACCCUGGCUGGGAGGAAGAGUCUGACGGGGAGAUCUGCGGGUACUUGGACCUCUCAGAAAAACCACACAGACAAUUGCAUUCCAAAAAACCAUUAAAAAUAAUAAUAAUAAAAAAAAAAAAAGUGUUUUUUCGUGGCCGCUGUCCAGGCGCAGUGGUGAAUUCAUCU